AUGGACCCUGCCAGCUCGGAAUACAGUGUUUCAUUUAUUUGGCAGCAGUCGCUGGACUUAGAAAUUGGACAUUAUGGUAAAGAGUUGACCUCUAUCGAUCAGAAGUUCAAAAGGGGCGAAAUUUCGGAGGCUGCGGCAAAAGAAAGCUCGUCGAGCAUCUGUUCAUCGGUCUUAAUAUUGAUUUCCUUGUCCGGGGCGCAAGCUAGCAAUGUAUCGAUUCCAAGUGUGCUACCACCGGUAUCCCCCCCACUCUGGUGGCGGGGGAGACUAAGUUGGGACAUCCCCAUUCCUGGUACAACUCAGAAAGGGGAGAUCUCGAUUCCUAUCGGUGUUUAUCUGCACAACGCUCAGAACGCAGAAAAGAUUUUGCAAAUUUCAACUGAAUCAUGGCCACAAGUUUGGAAAAUCGAAGACCUGCCGAUGCCCAUGGAACUGAUCGGACUCACAAUGACUGCCAAGCCCAUUGAAGUUAUUAUUGGCUUGCUGGAGGACCCUUCCAGCGCCGUUAGUGGAGGGAUUAUGAACCAAGCUAUUUUCGCGAAAUUCCAACAACUUUUGUGUCGUCUGCUUCUUGUAUCGUUUGGCGACACAGGCCACGGUGUCCUGAUUUCAUCUGGUCAGAACUUCAACUCGCCUGGGUUGUGGGGAUCUGUCUACCUAGAGACUUCGAUAAUUUCUCGAUUAGUCUUUAAAUAG